GUAUCAAGCAUCUAAUUCUCGAUUUUUCACGCUUACGUGGCUGCCUCAGUCACGAAAUUCCUCCUACUCUUUUCUUCAGUUUUUCCCUUUCCUUAAUACGACGAGCUGAAAAUUGCUGCGCAAUUCAGUCGCUAACACUUGCCUCGUUGACAGUCGUCUGUGAUAACGAAUUACGUAAAUACCGUUGGCCUCGAUACUCUGGUCUGUCAUUUUGCAUGAAAAAAUGACAAAUAGCAUUGUUCAAGCAGAAUUGAUACAUAGAAAAGGUGACAAACUAAUUUCUGAAGAAACUGGACUUGAAAAAGAAGCCAAUAAAAUCACAAACGAUAAUGAAGAAAUUCGAACGCAUUGGCAAAUUGUAAAAUACUACUUUAAUAGAUUUAGAUACUAUCACUUUGUAGUGGCAGAUACAAUAGACAAAUAUUUAUCUGCCGCUUGUCUUUGGGUACUCAAUAUGUAUUUUAAAUUAUUUUGGGGAGCUGGUCCUGAUCUACCAUCGACGUUUGAUGAAGAAAAUUAAACUUACUAAUUUAAUAAAAUAUUUGCAUAAAUUAUAAUUCAACAUAU